UGCUCUCCCCUUCCUCAUUCACAUUCUCAUUCUCUCUCUCUCUCUCUCUCAAAAAAAAAUAUCUAACUACACAACACCAUUGAAAGAGAAUCUCACAAGAAAUCAACGGUACAUCAUCAGAUGGUGUGUGGAAGAACAACAAACACAAUUCAAUUCAAGGCACCGCCAAGCUUUUCUUCCUCCUCUUAACCCCCACUUCCUCAUCCUUCAUCCAUAUAUUUUCUCAUAAACACAACUCCCCUUCUCUCUCUCUCUCUCUCCCCAGAUCAUAUAACCAUGACCCUUGAUGAUUCCUUAAGAUCUCUCUCUUUAGACUAUCUACACCUUCUCAUCAACGGCCAAGGCUUCAGUGAUGUAACCUUCAGUGUUGAGGGUCGCUUAGUCCAUGCCCACAGGUGCAUCCUAGCAGCUAGAAGCCUCUUUUUUAGAAAAUUCUUUUGUGGGCCCGACCCAUCGGUCGAUCUUGCCGGUGGAUCAGGUUUGUCCCCAAGGGGAUUGAAUCCCCAACAAGUGAUACCUGUGAAUUCAGUGGGAUAUGAAGUGUUCUUGUUGAUGCUACAGUUUUUGUAUAGUGGACAAGUCUCAAUUGUGCCUCAGAAGCAUGAACCAAGGCCUAAUUGUGGUGAGAGAGGCUGUUGGCACACACAUUGCACCUCAGCCGUUGAUCUUGCUCUUGACAUUCUCUCUGCCGCUAGAUCUUUUGGUGUUGAACAGCUUGCAUUGCUCACUCAGAAGCAAUUGGCAAGCAUAGUAGAGAAGGCAUCAAUUGAGGAUGUAAUGAAGGUCUUGAUAGCUUCAAGAAGGCAAGAAAUGCUCCAACUUUGGACUACUUGUUCCCAUUUAGUAGCAAAGUCUGGCCUCCCACCAGAAGUCCUAGCCAGGCACCUCCCCAUCGAUGUCGUUGCCAAAAUUGAUGAGCUCCGCCUCAAAUCAUCGCUUUCCCGCCGAUCCCUCCUCCCCCACCACCAACACCACCACCACCACGAUCUUAGCGCCGUAUCUGAGUUUGAAGACCAGAAAAUUCAUCGAAUGAGACGAGCCCUAGACUCGUCUGAUGUCGAGCUUGUCAAGCUCAUGGUAAUGGGUGAAGGGCUAAAUCUCGACGAAGCACUAGCCCUACAUUAUGCAGUUGAGAAUUGCAGCCGAGAAGUAGUGAAAGCCUUGUUGGAGCUCGGUGCAGCCGAUGUUAACUACCCCGCUGGGCCUGCAGGGAAAAGCCCGCUUCACGUGGCGUCAGAAAUGGUGUCGCCGGACCUGGUGGCGGUCCUUUUGGACCACCACGCUGAUCCAAAUGUUAGGACGGUCGAUGGGAUCACCCCACUCGAUAUGCUUCGAACCCUAACUUCUGAUUUUCUAUUGAAAGGGGCUAUACCAGGGCUAACCCAUAUCGAACCCAAUAAGCUUAGGCUAUGUUUGGAGCUGGUUCAAUCGGCAGCAUUGGUGAUUUCAAGGGAGGAAGGUAGUGGUGGGAGUGGUGGUGCUUCUUCAACACCCAUUUAUGCAAUGGCGAUGAGCGAAGAUCAUAAUAAUAGUGGGAAUAGCGGUGGCAACAACAUGAAUAACCUAAACCUAGAUUCAAGGUUGGUUUAUUUGAAUUCGGGUGCAGCUCAAAUGGGGUGUAAGACGGAUGAAAGAGAUGAUACCAGUCCAAAUACACAGAGGGAAGCCACGGAUCGACAUGAUCGCUCAAUGUACCACCACCACCCUCAUCAAUAUUAAUCAUGAUUUUAAAUAACAGGAUUGAAAUAUAUAUCAGUAUCUGUGAUAAAGCCAUAUGCCGACAAAUAUUAGUAUCGAAAAUUCAAAAUACUGAUACAUAUCAACUGAUAUUUAAAUCUUGGUAUUAACCUCACUGAUCCCUAUCUCUCUCUCCCUUUGAUGUGAUAUAUCCAUGUGAAACCAGAUUGAAAUUAAUGGAGAUUACUAAUUUACUAUUGGAUUAUAUUA